AAAACUGAAGAAGAAGUAGAUAGUGUAUUGGAUAAGACUAUUACGUUAUUCCGUUUCAUUGGUGAAAAAGAUGUUUUUGAACGAUAUUAUAAACAACAUUUGGCCAAGCGACUAUUACUCGGACGUAGUGUAAGCGAUGAUGCAGAAAGAAGCAUGAUCGGUAAACUUAAGAUUGAGUGUGGAUAUCAAUUCACUACGAAGCUUGAAGGAAUGUUCAAUGAUAUGAGGAUCUCAACCGAUACCAUGACAGAUUUUAAGGACUUUUUAGAAAAAUCUGCACUGGAGAGGCCCAAGCUGGAUUUAAGCGUUACCGUUCUUACGUCUACAUUCUGGCCUAUGAAUUUAUCCGCAAGUCCGCGGUGUAAUUUCCCUGCAGAAAUAACCAAAGCAUGUGAUACAUUUCAAAGAUUUUAUCUUGCACGACAUAGUGGUCGGAGGUUAACAUGGCAAUCCAAUAUGGGAAGUGCAGAUAUUCGAGCUACUUUUAAUACUCGGAAACAUGAUAUUAAUGUAUCAACGUAUCAAAUGGUUAUACUUUUAAUGUUCAACGAUUUGCCCCCUGGCCAAAGCCUAUCGUAUGAGACAAUAAAAGGCGAAAGCGACAUUCCAGAGGCUGAUCUCAAACGUAAUCUUCAAUCAUUAGCAUGUGCCAAAUAUAAAAUUCUGGUAAAAGAACCUAAAGGAAAAGAAAUCGAAGCUGGAGAUAAAUUCUAUUUCAAUAGUGAUUUUACGUGUCAGCUGCAGCGCAUUAAGAUUCAAACAGUAGCUAGCAAAGUUGAAACUGAAGGCGAAAGAAAAGAUACGAGGGAAAAAGUUGAAGAAGCCAGGAAACAUCAAACAGAAGCCGCAAUUGUAAGAAUUAUGAAAGACCGAAAAACAAUGGAUCAUAAUCUUUUGAUUGCAGAGGUGACGAAACAAUUGCAGCCACGGUUUGUACCCAAUCCGGCAAUGAUCAAAAAACGAAUCGAAGCAUUAAUUGAACGAGAGUAUCUAGAACGAGCACCAGGCGACAGACGUGUCUAUAAUUAUCUUGCAUAG